AACUUCGUUUAAUUAGGCUUAUAUUACAAUGUUUAAAGCCUAAAGUUAAACUUACAAAUCUAAAAGUUUAUUUAAUUUCUGACCUUAUGAAAGUAUAUAUUUUUUUCAUUCUGACAUGAAUGUUUAAUUCAUAUGUUUAAUGAGAACAAAUUCAGUGAAAUCCAGAAAUAUUCUUGUAUUCAGUUACUGUGUCUCAUUUUGCUUUGAUUUAUAUAAAAUAUAUUGUAUUUUUAUUUUACUGUUGGAAUGGAUAACCAAGAAAUUUAGAUUUUAAAAAGACUCAAAAGUAUUGUUACUCUGUGCAAUAUAUAACUAAGGAAUAAUCAAAAAUAACGAGUGAAAGUUAAAAAAACAAAACAAAAAAAAAAAAACUUAAACGUACUGAAAACGUUGAAUUUGAAAAUGAUUUAGGAGAAAGUAUUUCACAAUGAAAUCAGAAUUGAAACUGGAGUGUUUCUGGUAAAAAAAUUAUACUAAUUUUGAUUUGUUAGAUAUUUGAAAAGUUGCAAUACUUCUUCUUGCCAGUAGAUGGAGCCAUUCCAACAUGUUCUGGACUCAAACGCAUAAAAGCUGAUUAUAUUCCAUUCUUCCAUCUUCUUCACCUUAUCUAGUCUAUUAACUCUUACAGCAGUCGUAACCCCUCCCACCCCCUCCCCCUACUAGUUGUGAUCUUCCACAGGUCAGGCGCGCGAGGCCACCUGUCUGGGGAGAAAUCUGUCACCCUAAUUACGUCUUAAGCAAUCCGGGCUGCAGAUGGAGAAGAUCAGCGAGAGACGCGCAGCCUGCGAGGAGGAGCGAUAAGCGCGCGCGCUCGGAGGUGUCCUGUUGACCCGCAGAGGAUUUGCAGUUUCCAACUACAGGAUGGAGGAAGAGCGCCCGCUGUCCCGCGCGCCCACGUCUCUCUGGGUUGCUUUGAAAAAUGGUUUUAGAACGUGAUCGUGGAUUCAACCUUUGAUAGGGGAAGAUGUAGUCUCGCCUCGUCUUCUGGGAAACCACGUGUCAUCAAGGAGGAAUGGAGCUGCUCCGCGCGCUCCUGCUGGCGCUCCUGUGCGCACAGGUGCACGGACAGGUCUACAACCUGACGCUGUCUGUCAAAGAGGGUCUGCCCGCCAGAACCAUCGUCGGAGCUCUGGGAGCGGGACUGAGCAGACACACCACUGGGUUCUUCAUCUCAGAGAGCAGAGACUCGUAUGUGUUCAGGGACCUGGAGAUAGACGCAGACUCGGGCAUCAUCUCCACCGCGGUUGUGCUGGACAGAGAGAGCAGAGACAAGUACGACUUUGUGGCAGCCACUCUCACGGGGGAGGUGAUCAGAGUGAGGAUAGAGGUGGAAGAUGUCAAUGAUCACUCUCCGGUGUUUCCAUCUGGGGAGGUGGACCUGGAGGUGUCAGAGCUGAGUCCACCAGGGAGCCGGUUCCAUCUUGAAGGUGCAGAAGACCAGGAUGAGGGGCUCCUUGGGACUCAGGGGUACAGGAUCAUAGAGAGUAACCUGACUGAUUAUUUCCUCCUGGACUACUGGAGCUCAUCAGAGCCACCCCUUCAUCUGGACCUCAUCCUGAGUCAAAAACUGGACAGAGAAAAACAGGACUUCUUCUCUUUGACCAUUGAGGGCUUUGAUGGUGGGAUUCCAGCCAGAAGUGGAAGGCUGCAGGUGAAAAUACGUGUGCUGGAUGAAAACGACAACCCUCCUGUGUUCAACCAGACUGAAUACCACACCUCAGUCCAUGAAGAUGCCCCCAUCGGAUCUGUUGUGUGCCAGGUCCAUGCCCUCGACCCCGACCUGGGAGACAAUGGCAGAGUGACUUAUGAGAUCAACAGGCGGCAGAGUGACCCGAAUCACGUUUUUUCAAUCAAUGAAACCACAGGGUUGGUUUAUCUCAACCAACAGCUUGAUUUUGAGACUCAACCGUUUCACGAGUUGAUCAUCAGGGCACAGGACAAUGGUGCCCAACCUGAGUACAGCAACGUCUUUGUGGGUGUCAAGGUGCUCAACAUCAACGAUAACAGUCCCACCAUCACGGUGCUGUUUCUCAGUGAGACGGGAGAGGCUUCAGUGUCUGAGGCAGCAUCAGUUGGGGACUAUGUCGCUCGGAUUUCGGUGUCAGACCCAGACCUUGAAGAGGAGAGGAUCUCCGUCAUGCUUGAAGGAGGGGAUGGGAAGUUCACCCUGAAGCAAACGGAUGACUCUCUCUAUGCUUUGUGUGUUCACUCUGAGCUUGACAGGGAGGACGAGGACCUGUACGAGUUGAGGGUGAAAGCUACAGAUUCUGGGAGUCCCCCUCUCAGCAGUGAGAUGGUCCUUCUCCUGAAGGUGCUAGAUGCAAAUGACUGCCGCCCUGUCUUUGAGAAAGACGUGUACUCGAUAAGCGUUGCAGAAGACGUUCCUCUAGGGAGUUCCCUCAUACAGAUGAUGGCUCGAGAUGCAGACGAAGGGAACAACGCAGAUAUCAGGUUCUCCAUCCUGAAGUCCAACCAGGACGGCCUGAUCCACAUCGACCCACAGACGGGCCUGGUCACCACGGCAGCAGCCCUCGACAAAGAGUCCCAGCAGGAGCUGUGGUUCCUGGUGGUGGCAGCAGAUGGAGGAGAGCUGACUCUUUCAUCCACAGCCACAGUGUCUGUGACGCUGGAGGACGUCAACGACAACGAGCCAGUGUUCCAGCAGCAGCUGUACAGCGUGUCCAUACCAGAGCACAGCGACGUUGGAAGCUGCUUUUUACAAGUUGUUGCCACGGAUGCAGACACCCCUGAGUUCGGCGUGCUGCUCUACUCUCUGUCCGAUGGCUUUGACAGAGCGGACAGACACCCCCUCUUCCAAGUCCAGCCUGACACAGGAGAGCUGUGUGUCUCCCAGGACAUUGACAGAGAUGCAGGGCUGACUGUUUAUGACAUCCUGAUCAAAGCUGAAGAUCCAGGAGGCCAGAGCGCCCAAACUUAUGUACAUAUUGAAAUAGAAGACUUGAACGAUAACGCUCCGGUGUUUAACCCUGAACAGUACACCAUGAGUGUCAGCAGCCACGCCCCGCCCGGCACCGAAAUCCUCAGCGUUAUAGCCACUGACCAAGACUCGGGCAGGUUUGGACAUAUCAGUUACAGUAUUAUACCCGGAGACGUGUCCAGUUUGUUUAUACUGGAUACACAAACAGGGAUGCUCUUCCUGAACUCCUCCCUGACCCACCUGGGUGCAGCAAGUAUGAAGCUCUUCAUAACAGCCCAGGAUGGGGGGGGCCUCGCCGCAGCCAGACCUGCAGAAAUCACCGUCAACGUCCUGCAGAGUGCUCAGACUCCAGCUGUGUUCCAGAAAUCCCGCUACACUUUCACAGUUCCUGAAGAUGCGGCGCCGGGGACGCAUGUGGGGACAGUGCAGGCCGUUGUUCCGAUGCAGUCAACAAAAUCUGUUUCCUAUCGUAUCUCUUCUGGAGAUCCACACAAUUUGUUUUCCAUUCAUUCGAAAUCUGGCGUGAUCAGCAGCAUCAAGCCUCUGGACCACGAGACUCAGCCGUACGUCCUGCUGGUCCUUCAGUGCUUCACUGAGACCUCUGAGGUCUACAGCACAACUCAAGUCAACGUCUCCAUAGCGGACGUCAAUGACAACGCCCCCGUCUUUCCCAAAAGCAGCGACUCCAUCACAGUGUCCCAGAGCACUCCUCCUGGCACAGUGCUCUUCAUCGCUCAUGCUCAUGAUCACGACAGUGGGGCCAAUGGAAGGGUGCGCUAUUACCUGAAGCGUACAGGUGGGAUGUUUGCCGUUGAGCGCAACCUUGGAACGGUCACCCUCAACCAGAGUUUACAGGGGGGUCAUCAGUCGAGCUACGGGCUGGAAAUCGUCGCUGAGGAUGAAGGAGAUCCCUCACUGAGCUCCAUACUGACUCUUUUGGUUGAUGUCGACCAAAGAGCUGGCGACGAUAACCUGGCGUUUGAGACUCUUGUUUAUCAGGUAGAGAUAGGUGAGGCAUACCGCAGGGACUCUCGAGUCAUCCAGGUGAGAGCACACCGGACCUGGGGAGCUCGCACGUCCAACACAGACCUGACUUACUCUUUAGAAACAGAACCGGGGUUCCCUCCCGCUCCGUUCCGUGUUCACCCAAAGACCGGGUGGUUGUACCUCUCCAACAGUCUGGAUUUUGAGGCUGAGUCAAGGUAUCGUUUUCAAGUGUUAGCCACAUCCUUGGAUCCUGCUCUGGAAGACACCACAGCGACAGCAACCGUGAUCGUCCGUGUGUUGGAUGUCAAUGACAACGCACCGGUGUUUGGCAGAGAGGUUUACUUCUUCACUGUGUCGGAGGGGUCCUCUCCUCAGGGCCUCGUGGGAACAGUCAAGGCUGAUGAUGAGGAUUCUGGGAAGAACAGCCAGCUGUCCUACAUCCUUCUGUCGGACGGGAAGUUCUUCCGCAUCAACGCUAGAACAGGUGAGAUCAUCAACUGGGUGGCGUUGGAUCGGGAGCGGCACGGCCAGCACACUCUAAAGGUGAUGGUGACAGACCAGGGACACCCUCGCUUAAACGCCACGGCCACCGUUCACAUCCUGAUCACGGACAUCAACGACAACAGUCCUCAGUUUAAACACAUUCCUGCCAGCAAAGAGAUGAACAUCCAUAUACAGGCAGAUACACCUGCAGGAUCUGUGGUGACAAACAUGUUUGCAACAGAUUUGGAUGCAGGAGAGAAUGGAACAGUCACUUAUUCUCUUAUGGCAGAAAGGGAAGCAGUGGGACACUUUGAGGUAGACGGUGAGAGUGGAGAGAUCAGAACCACUCAGCUUUUCACCCAAAACACCAAACAGCAUUACUCUCUGAAAGUAACAGCAAGGGACGGUGGAGUCUCUCCUCAAGAGAACACUGCAGUGCUUCAUGUGCAGGUGUAUGGGUUAGAGAAAACGUUUGGCAGCUCUAGCCACCAGACUUUGAUGUGUUUCUCUGUGCGUGAGGACGCCAAGCCUGGAUCUAUCAUUGGUUCUGUGAGUGUUGGGAGUGAAGGCAGCUUUCAGUACGCCAUCGCUGAAGGGGAUGGGAGCAUCCACUUUGGCAUCGAUGGCUCCUCUGGUGACCUCUACGUUAACCAGCCGCUGGACUAUGAGUCCGCCUCUCAGUUCUUCCUGCUGGUUCGAGCGGAGGACGCGGGCCCUGCUGCCGGUGUGAACGUGUCUGUAGCCGUCAGCGUCACUGUGGAAGACGUCAACGAUCACUCGCCCUGGUUCCUGGACGAGCUGGUGAUUUUUGGUCUUCGGGAAGACGCUGCAGUUGGGUCGCUGGCGUUUGCUUUUCACGCCAGAGAUGCAGACGGGAGUUCUCCAAACAGCGCUCUCCAUUACAGCCUGACUUCUGGCUCUGAAGUCGGCGAGUCUCCGUCGCACUUCCCCUUUGACUUAGACCCACGCACAGGACGCCUGAUUGUAGCAGCUCCUCUGGACCGAGAGAGUGUCCCUUCUUACGCCUUCACUGUAACUGCAACAGACCAGGCCAUCAGCAAGGACGAGAGGAGACAGGCGGCGGUGACGGCUCAGCUCUUUCUGCUGGAUGUGAACGAUAACCGGCCAGUGUUUGUGUCUGCGGACACGGUUCAGGUGAUGGAGGAUGCAGAGGUGGGGAGUCUCCUGCAUCAUUUUCUGGCUAUAGAUGGGGACAUGGGGGCAAAUGGGGUUACCACUCUCUCCAUCAUAGCUGGAAACAGCAAAGGAGUCUUCUCACUGGAGGAGAGAACAGGUCUCCUGUUUCUGUCCUCUCCUUUGGACUACGAGACUCAGCGAGUCCACCGCGUAACCGUCUGUGCUGUUGACCAUGGCGCCCCCCAGCUCUCCUCCACUCAGACUCUGACGGUGAAGGUGGGGGACGUGAACGAUCAGGCACCGGUCUUCAGUGACAUUCUCUAUGAGGCCAGUGUGGCAGAGAACAGAGACCCCGGAGAGCCAGUGGUUAGGGUGUCUGCAACUGAUAUAGACUCAGAGGAGAACGCUGUGGUGUGGUACAGUCUGCUACCCGGUCCCGGCUAUGAGCUGUUCAGCAUCAACCCGUACUCAGGUGUGAUAACCACCAACUCCCGCCUGGACAGAGAACAGCAGUCACACUUUAUGCUCAGAGUCCAGGCUCGGGACAGCGGCGCCCGCCCGCUUUCAGGUACGGCCACCGUUCUGUGCUCUGUUCUGGAUGACAAUGACAACCCACCAGUCUUCAUGCAGUCGUCGUUCAGCAUCCGCCUGCCUGAAAACCUUCCCCCUGGGGUCAUCCACACAACUCAGGCCUUUGACCCAGACCAGGGAGAAAACGGCACCAUCUACUACUCCUUAUUAGGUGAGGACUAUGGAGGUUUGUUCACUGUUAACAGUCAAACUGGAGCCAUCGGCAGCACUCGGGUUCUUGAUCGGGAAGAAACAGAAAAUUACACUCUCACAAUAAAAGCCCUGGACUGUGGAUCCAUCCCACUGAGCUCCACCACCCAGCUCCAGCUGGUGCUGCUGGACCAGAACGACAACCCCCCCUCCUUCAGCUUUAGGAGCUACCACGCCUCUGUUGCGGAGGGUCUUUCUGCUGGAAGUGAGGUUCUGCGUGUCAGCGCCUUUGACCCAGACGAAGGCCCAAACGGGGAUGUGACCUACUCCCUGACAGAGGACAGCAACCAGGGUGCCUUUUCCAUUGACGCCUUCACCGGAGUGAUCCGCACCACCAGGUCCCUGGACAGAGAGACCCGAGCUCAGUACACGCUCAGAGCGGUGGCCUCUGACGGCUGCUCUCAGGGGCCGCUGAGCUCUGUGGCGUCCGUGAGCAUACAGGUGGAGGACAUCAAUGAUAACACGCCCGUCUGCGAUCAGAACCCCUUCGAUGCGUGGGUAUCCACGAGGACGCCGCCAAGUCAGAUACUGACGACAGUGACGGCGACUGACGGAGAUGAGGGGGAGAACGGGACCGUUCGGUUCAGGCUGUACGAUGAGGAGAAUCUGUUUGACAUCAACAGCGAGUCUGGAGAGAUCUCUCUGAGGAGGCGAGUGAGAGCAGGGUUCUCGGGGAGGAGGCUACAGGUUGUAGUUUCAGACAGAGGACAUCCUGCUCUGACCUCCAACUGCCUGGUUCUGAUCCAUCUGAGAGGAGAGUAUGAAGGACUGCAGUUCACAAACACGGUGUACAAUGUUUCUGUGAAGGAGAACAGCAGAGCAGGGACUUGGAUUGCAAAAGUGGAGGCCAGGGACCAAACAACCAAUCAACAGAGAAUCACAUACUCCAUAUUCAGUGGCAAUGAAAAUCAUAUUUUCUCCAUCAACCGUCACACAGGGGACAUCCGUGUUCAGAAAGAUAACUCCUUGGAUUUUGAGGUGGACCCUCACAUGCAGCUGGUGGUGCUGGCCGACAGCGGGCUGCAGACGGCUCACUGUAGAGUCUCCGUCACGCUGCUGGACAUCAACGACAACGCACCGCUGUUUGAACACAACAGCUAUAGAACUGCUGUUUGGGAGGGGCAAGUGCUCAACACCUACAUCAUGCAGGUGUUUGCAUCAGACGCAGACAGUGGUGUGAAUGGACAGAUCGAAUAUUCCAUCCUGUCGGGGAACAAUAAUCAGGCCUUCAUUUUGGACUCUGUGGGAGGCAUCCUUGCUACUAAUGUUGCUCUGGAUCGUGAGAUCACCUCUUCGUACAAGCUGGUUCUGCAGGCUUCAGACAAAGGAACUCCUCCCCUCAGCAGCACCACCACCAUUAGGGUCCAAGUGGUGGACGUCAACGACAACAGCCCCGUCAUCCCAGCCAUGGAUCCUGCAGUCAUCGCUGAGAAUCUGCCUGCAGGGAGCGUGGUCACAAAGGUGGUCGCGAACGACGUUGACCUGAAUUCAGCUAUAACCUACAGCUUCUCAGCGAACAGCAGCAGUAGCGCUCCAUUUGCUAUCGACCGCUACACCGGGCUCAUCACCCUGAGCCAAGCUCUGGACUAUGAGGUGCAGACAGAGUACACUUUAAAAGUAUGGGCGUCUGACUCCAUCCACCACACCUCUGGAGAGGUCAAAGUUCAAGUGCUUGAUGUGAAUGACAACGCUCCGGUCUUCACACAGGUUUCAUACCAGGUGGAAAUGUCAGAACUGGCCUCAGCAGAGACCUUUGUUCUGACAGUGUCAGCCACCGACCGAGAUUCUGGACUCAACGGAAAGAUCACCUACAGACUUCUAUCAUCCCCCUCGCAAGGCUUUUACGUGCAGCCAGACACAGGUUCUGUUUUUACAAGCAAGCCCUUAAAGGCCCUCACAAAUAACAAUCCGAUCCUUCUGGUUGAGGCAAGAGAUGGCGGGGAUCCUGUUCGCUCCACAGUCACUUCCAUUGAUGUGCUGAUCCAGGACUCCAAUGACCAUGAGCCUCUCUUUCAUCAGGACGUCUACACACUCACUCUGCCAGAAGACACAUCCACGGACACUACCCUCCUCACUUUGUCUGCAGAGGACAAAGACUGGAGCCAAGAGAAUACACACUUGGACUAUGCCAUCACGGGGGGAAACGAAGAGAAACGAUUUUGUUUGGAGGUGAAAAUGGCAGCUCUUGAAAAUGAGAUGAAAAAUGUUGGAAAGCUCGUCCUGUGUAGUCCUUUGGAUCGUGAAACAACGGAGAGCUAUGAGCUAACAGUGAGCGUUUCCGACCGAGGGAUACCUCCAUUGAACAGCUCGGCUGUUGUCCGGGUAACGGUGACAGACUGCAAUGACAACAGCCCUAUCUUUUCCAGCACAGAGUACCACGUCCAGGUGAGCGAAAACAGUCAGAUAGGUACCAGUCUGCUGCAGGUCAGUGCUCAGGACCCCGACCUGGGAAUCAAUGGCUUGGUGCGGUAUGAUAUCAUUGCUGGAGACAAUAAAGGUCACCUAAAACUUGACCCUUACACUGGCCUUUUGGUGGUCAACCACUUACUUGACUAUGAACAAGACCCAAAAUACAUCCUAACUAUCAGAGCAUCUGACGGAGGUGAAGAGACUGAAAACCAUAAAGUAUCUUUUGCAGUUGUUUUCGUCACAGUAUCAGAUGAAAAUGAUAAUACUCCAUACUUCACGUUCCCUGCAGUCAACUGCUCGGUUCUGGAGAACCUUCCAGCAUUUACUCACACGUGUUCCGUUCUUGCUGUUGACAAUGACUCGGGUCCCUAUGGCCAGCUCACAUACUCUGUUGUCUCCCCCUGCUUCAUGGGCUAUAGCAUUGGAAACCCAGAGAAGAAGGAAGCCUUUGCUAUUGAUCCGCUCACUGGUGACAUCCACACCAGACAGACCUUUGAUUAUGAACGAGAAAAUGAGUACUGCUUUGUGGUGGAGGCCAGAGACAAAGGCGACAAAACAGCCACAACUAGAGUGCAGGUGUUCAUCAAGGGAGUGGAUGAGUUCAGUCCCGUCUUUACCCAAAAGAAAUACCACUUCCUCCUGCAAGAACAUAUAAAAACUGGAGAAACUGUUGGUUUUGUGAUGGCCAUGGACCAAGAUGGAGGUGUGGAUGGGCUGGUGGAGUACUCGCUUGUCAAUUCCUCACCUUUUUUCUCAAUCAACAAAACCAUUGGUGCCAUUUAUGUGUCAGGUCCAGUCUAUCGUAGAAGAGGAAGCCAUGGCGGUGAGGAUGUGGUUGAGUUGGUGGUCUCUGCAGGUAGCCCCAGACCGGGCUCCAGGACUACAACCUGCCUGGUGUAUGUCAAUAUCUCCAGUUCAGCAGAGGCCCUCUACGGCAUGCCUCUCAAUGCGCAUGUGCUCACUUUGAGUAUCCCACUUGCAAUAUUUUUCCUUGUGCUCGCUAUCCUUGUCUGCUUGACUGUCAGAUACAAAAUUAAAGAGACCAAAAACCGAAAGGUGGACGGUUUGGCUGCCCAGCUCAGACAUGGUUCGAUCAGUGAAUCUGACAGCCAAACACAGAGCGUGAUAUCCCUGCAGGAUGUGACUCAGUCUAACAUCUUGGUCUCAAAGAGGGAAGUUUCAAACCUUUACUGUCAGUCGGACUCGAGUGGCCGUGGAUCAGCAGAAGGAGAGACUGCUGAGGACCAGGAAAUCAAGUGGAUCAAUGAGUUUCCUUGCCGUAAAAGAGAUGAGACAGCCACACAGGCCACCGGGAUUCAAAAGAAUUCCCUACCUGCAGAUAAUCUUUCCAGCCACUCCAUUGAUGUUGGGCCAGAACACAUUUUAUCCAUUAAUAAAUGUUUGUGUAUUGGUGUGGAAAGCACAGAAAGCCUCUACCAUUUCAAGGAGGAAGGAGGAGGUGAGGGACUACUUCCUGUAGUCCUUAAGGUGAAAGAUUUGGAAGAGAACAUGGGGACAAAAGGGUAUGCCCCUUUUUCUCAAGCCUUAGCUCCUGCAGAUUCGUUAUCUUCACUAGUGUGCCUUGAAGAGCAGCUGCAGGGCAGCUACUACUGGGACCACCUGUUGGACUGGGAACCGUGCUUCCAAAACCUGGCCUCUGUUUUCACAGACAUAGGCAUGCUUCCUGAUGAGGAGCUUCAAGGAGGGCGAGAGGACUUAGCAGCAGAGUCCAGCUGCCUCAUGUAUCCACCUCCUCUGAUAACAAGAGUGGCUCAGCCUGGCAUUCGAACUGUUCCCCCCCGGAAGCCAGGGCGAGUCCCUAGCCUAAGUAGGAAGUCCUCUUUCCCCAAAUAUGCUUAUUCGCCUUUGGGCAGAAACACAGGACUCACUCCAUCAGCCAUGACUCCAACCUUCUCGCCGUCACUGUCAUCCCUUACUGUAAGAACCCCCAAUACCUCUCCAGUUGUUUCGGACACUGGGGUAGGGGGCAUCAGAGUCGACUCAGGGCCUCACACUGUCAGCCUUUUAGAGUCCGAAAUUCAUGUUUGAAGAAACAUUUUGUAUAUUCAGUUUCUACUUAAAAGUUUGACCUGGUUUAUCAAAUGAUUUUUUUCGUUGGUUACAUUUUAAAACAUGCUUAUAAUCAUCACGUUGCUUCUAUGUUGCUUUUUGGCAUCAGACUAAUAAAUUCAUUAUAUUUAUGUAUUUAUGAGGAGCGUGUAAAAAAUACAGAAUUACAAGACAAUAAUAAUUUGAUUUAUUAACUCAUAUUGGGAAUUUUUGAAGCAGUUUUUGGAAUAAGCCUGGAGUCCAUCUGCAUUAUAGUUUUGCAAUGUAACAUUACGGAAAAACAUGUUUUAGCCAUAGGUUAACUGCAGAAUGCAUCGUUGUAAACACAUUUAUGUUUUCUGAAAAUGAAACACUUUGUUAUUGCAUUUGGUUCUAAAAGGACACUUUUUUUAUGGUUUAAUGAAGUCACAAAAGGACAGCAGCAUUGUUCUGUGGUCAUGCCUGUCUUCCUGGAAUUGUAAUAAAUGAGUUAUGUUUUGAAUA